AUGACCCCCACCCUCAUGCCACAAAGCCUCCUCUGGUGUGAACGUAGGCAACCCACAACAGUACAGGCCAGCUGCCCUCCAGCCAGGAUGGACAUCUACACAGGACUCUGGAGAGGCACUCUCAAGCAGAAAAACUUUGAAAUGUUGAACCUGCAUAUGAAGACUGGGGACACCCUGAAACUCACGGGCAAGAUAUCUGAUGAUGAAGAAGGCUUCAGCAUCAAUCUUGGCUACAGCUCCUCAGACUUGGCAUUGCACUUCAAUCCCCGCUUCAACCAGUCUGUCAUCGUCUGCAACUCCAUGUGCUCCAACAAGUGGCAGACAGAGUAUCGUGAUCACCACCUCUCUUUCUCUGAGGGCUCCACUCUCAAGCUUGCCAUUGAAAUGAAGGCAGACAAAUUCGAAGUGAAACUACCAGAUGGGCAUACUGUGGAGUUCCCCAACCGGCACUGCUACAACAAGGUCACAUACAUGAGCAUCAACGGAGGCUUCAGGCUCACCUCCUUCAAGCUGGAUUGAUAGCCACCACUUUCUAGCUCUAAUAAAAACCCAGUCAGUGAGAGACUUCUUGCUCUAGUUGCUUUGGCUUCUGUGAGCUCUCUGGCUCUGUGGUUGUGUGUGAGACACCAA